AGAGAUGAGGGUACACAUGGACUGCGCUGGAUGCGAGAGCAAAAUAAAGAAAACCCUUCAAAAAUUGAAAGGAGUUGACAGCAUAGAGAUAGACAUGGCGACACAGAAGGUGACGGUGACGGGAUGGGCUGAUCAGAAGAAAGUUCUCAAGGCCGUCCGUAAGACGGGGCGAAGAGCCGAGCUGUGGAGCUUACCCUACAACCCAGAGCAUCACAACGGCACAGACUAUUUCAAUAUCAGUCAACAUCAUUGUAAUGGACCGUCAACUCACUUCACCCCACAGCCAUCUUCUUACUACAACUACUACAAGCAUGGGUACGACAGCCAUGAUGGGAGCUAUUAUCAUCGUCCCCCGCAAUCCACCAUCUUUGGGGAGCAGACUGGUGCUGCUUUCAGCGAUGACAACCCUAAUGCUUGUUCUAUAAUGUGACCAUUGACAUUUUUUGAUCUUCAAUUCAUCUUUAUUCCAAGUGUUGAUGCAUGAUUUCACAACUGAAUCGGUGGCCGAGCGCCGGUUAUGCUUUAUAUUAGAUGCAGGAAUAUGUGCAUAGGUCACUAAUCUGAUUCCUUGUUAAUAUGUUUUUUUUCAACUAAAAAGGUGG